CGACAUUAAACGAUAAAUACACUUCUCUAGGUCUAUGUACCCGUAACGAUUUUCAAUAGUCCAGGAGGGCGGCAAUGCAAGAUUCUUCUACCAGCUUUCCAAGCGAGGACACUGAGGUUCAGAAAGACCAAGUGGUUACGUGUUGAGUAGUCGGGAAGAGCUCGCAUCCCUGGUGUCCACGAACCGCUCAAACAAGCUCCACUAAUGGUUGUUCCUGGUCACUCCGGAUACUGAUGCUCAGCGACUCCCAGCUUUCGGUAAGGUGGCACUUCCGCUGGCUCCUCCCUCCGCUACCAGUCACGAGUUGUCCCCAGGUCUCCGCCCCUUUGCCAGCUGAUUGGGCAGUUCCCAUUUUCUGAUUGGCUGUUCUUUUUGUGGCUCACCAACCCAACCGGAUAUAGAAGCAGGCUUUCCGCUUCCACCUUCUCCCACCUCUCGCUCGUCCUCCGGUAGCAGCCGCCAGCACAGUGUCCGCUGCUGGGCGGGGUAUCGGCGGAUCGGUCGGUUGGUUUCAGCUUCGGUGUCGCUGCAGUUGACUUGGGCCGUCAUGGCUGAGUUGGAUCCAUUCGGCGCUCCCGCCGGUGCGCCCGGUGGCCCCGCACUAGGGAACGGGGUGGCGGGCUCCGGCGAGGAAGACCCGGCCGCGGCCUUCUUGGCGCAGCAGGAGAGUGAGAUUGCGGGCAUCGAGAACGACGAGGCCUUCGCCAUCCUGGACGGCGGCGCCCCCGGGCCGCAGCCACACGGCGAGCCGCCGGGGGGUCCGGAUGCCGUGGAUGGAGUGAUGAAUGGUGAAUACUACCAGGAGAGCAAUGGUCCAACAGACAGUUACGCAGCCAUUUCAGAAGUGGAUCGAUUGCAAUCAGAGCCUGAAAGUAUCCGUAAGUGGAGAGAAGAGCAAACAGAGCGUCUGGAAGCCCUCGAUGCCAAUUCUCGGAAGCAAGAAGCGGAGUGGAAAGAGAAGGCGAUAAAGGAGCUGGAGGAGUGGUACGCGAGGCAGGACGAGCAGCUGCAGAAGACAAAGGCAAACAACAGGGCAGCAGAAGAAGCCUUUGUAAACGACAUUGACGAGUCAUCCCCAGGCACUGAGUGGGAGCGGGUGGCCCGCCUGUGUGACUUUAACCCCAAGUCCAGCAAACAGGCCAAAGAUGUCUCUCGCAUGCGCUCAGUCCUCAUCUCCCUGAAGCAGGCCCCCCUGGUGCAUUGAAGAGCUACCCUGUGGAAACACUACGUCUACAGUAUCUUAAUCCUACUCAGUGAAGCUGUUCACGUAAUUGGAUUAAUUAUGUUGAGUUCUUUUGGACCAAACCUUUUGUCUUUAGAGUUGAUCAUUGUUUGUGAUUGCAUGUUUCCUUCAACUGUGUUCUCCCUGGCAUUCAGAGAAGAGAGAGGAAGAGGAAGGGAGGGAAGCUCCCAACAGUAGCCUCAACCUGUGCUUUUGUGCAUUAUUCUGAGAAUAAAUUUCUGUUUCAAACAAUAUAAA